AGUGGAAGCAAGUCUCAAGAGAACACAACUGGCGAGAAGUCAGUAAGCAUGAACACAACAGUAAAUGGAUCAAGUUUCUGGAGCUGCUCCAGUCUGAUAAAUCCAGAGGCAGAAAAAAUUGGAGCAACAGUCGCUUAUAGUUUGAGCCUCGUUUUCGCGCUGGUUGGAAAUUUUCUCCUUGUAUUAACAGUUUACAAAACACCAACUUUGAGAAAACCGAUUAAUCUGUUAAUCGCAAACAUGGCCAUGUCCGACCUGCUCUAUCCAACAUUUCUGUUCCCUGUUCAACUGGCAGAGAUGCACGUUGGCUCGUGGUUUAUUGGUGGUACCUUUGGUCAAGUCUUAUGUAAGCUACACAUUUUUCUUGCAGAUGCUUCUUCGUUUGUUUCGAUUCAGAGCCUGGUUCUGAUAUCAGUGGAUCGAUUUGGAGCUGUUGUAGUUCCACUCCGCUCUCGUCUCAUAACUAGAAAGCUGUGUCCAUUCUUUAUUAUCGCUACGUGGAUCACCGCAAUGGCCGUUCUUUCGCCAUUUCUUGUUGCUAAUAAAGUUGUUAAAUACCGAGAACGACUGUUGUGCGUAAGUCUGUGGAUGGAAAUCUUCGGAGGCACAUUUGAAAAUUACGCCCUAGCAGUUGUCGUCGUGUUUUUCUACAUCCCCUUUGUCCUCGUGGUGAUACUUUACUCUAUCAUCUUGAUGAAGCUUAAAAUGCAUGCCCAUCCAGGUGAACAGUCAGCCAACGCUGAAGAACAACGCGCUAAAAGAAACAGAAACGUGCUUAAGAUGGUAAUUGCUAUCGUUGUAGUGUUUUUCAUUUGCUUGAUACCCUAUUUCAGUAACUUUGUGAUAGCUAGAUUUAGUGCACCGGACAGUUCCAUUUGGUUUUCAUGUAGUUUUGUUCUAUACGUAAUUGUCACCCGUUAUAUAUCUUACACAAACUGUGCUAUCAACCCGAUUAUCUGCCUCAUUUUUAGCAGUAAUUAUCGCCAAGCACUUAAGAGACUUAUAAAUUGCUGUGAUAAAGUACAAGAUUAACUUUUAGAAACCUUAAAGCUGGGUCUAAAGCUCUAAAGAACAGGUUCAAUUUUCUCCUCAAUAAAGCGUUGUGCAACUUCAGAGCAGUGUUUCUACAUGAUCGUAGAAUUGACUGAAAUAUGACAAUGAUAGUUCAAUCAGCAAGUACAGAGAAAACGAGUGUUGGACAAAAAUUGAAAUGGAACACCAUCACAGAAACGUGAUCAUUGAUAAUUGACGAUCGUAAAAAUAAAAAUAAGUAAAAAAUGACGUAGAGAGAAUGUCAAUCAAGAAAUCCCCUGUGCAUAUCCAUUUCUUGGUUAUUGUUAUUGCUCGGACAUCCGCAACAUUUGGCUAUUAUUGGAAGAAGAAUAGAACUUCACGUUGCUAAUUAGACUUCAGUCUAUUGAAAAAGUGUCUAAAUUUAAUGCGAAUUAGCAUGUAACUAUUUAUUUUAAAACGCUUUAAACUUUAAGUUAGUCUUCGAUGAUUGUUGUUGAUUUUGUCGUGGAUGUUUCAAGAGGCUGAUUUGAAAUGAUUUUUAUCUUUUACAAACUUUCACGGCGUUCGAAUCGUACUUUAGUUGGAUAAUGCAUUUGCAUAAACAUUUCCGCGCAACAUUUGUUAUUUUUUGCAGUUUUUGUUGUUUAACUUCACUCAAUCAACACGUUUUAAAAAACAAAUACGCAUUAUUCAGCAAGUCCAAUUACCAAACCAACCUUUUUUGAUUUAGCUGUACAUUAAACCAUUAUUUGAACUGUAGAUGUUUUUCAGUGGAAGCACUCAAGUCUCAAGAGAACAAAACUGUAGAAAAGUCAGUAAGCAUGAACACAACAGUAAAUGGAUCAAGUUCCUCACAGGAGCUGAUCCAGUCUGAUAAAUCCAGAAGCAGGAAAAAUUGGACUAACAGUUGCAGUUUGAUCCUUGCUGUUUCACUAAUUGGAAAUGUUCUCAUCGUAUUACUUGUUUACAAAACACCAACUUUAUUAGGCUUGUUUCAAACGUCGUAUUACUGCCGUGCUAAGCUGGCUAGACUGUAGCUCGACACUAGCUCGACUUGGUUUCAGACGUCAAAUUUAAUUCAGUCGAAUAGAACGGCUGUUGCCGAAAACAAAACACAAAAAAUAAAGAAACGAUUUAGCUAACUUUUAAAUGUAUUCUAAUGUAUUCAUAAUUUAUGAAUUGAGUUCGGCACUAGCAUGACUUGGUUUCAAACGUCGCGUUAUAUCACAGGUAACCCAGGCUCUGUGAUAGUACCACAGUACGGUUCCAGUAAAAUUACAGUGUUUGUAUGGGGUAAAAAUAUCAUCCUAAAAUUUCUAGGAAAUACUAAAUAAAGAUCAAUAAAACUUACUCUGCAGUUAAUUGUUGUUGUCCUUAUUGCUCCAACGAAGUUUCGUGAUAAUUUGCAGUAAUUUGUUUAAAUUCACUCUAUCUACAAUAAUAAUAUACAAGGUAGGAAACACGAGGUGCCAUUUUCGCCGACAUGCUCUCAUUCAACAUAACUUUUUCCACGAAAUUCGAACUCCAAUGGAAAAUAAACAGUCCAGGAUCGUAGAAAUAGGAUAGCAGCAGAUAUAGAAACCAAUGAAGCUUUCCCAGAUAGAGAAACGAAUCCCACAGACUUUGACAAACUCGAAGAAUAUAAUCCAAACAGACCGAGAAUAUGCUCGCCGGGUCCUUGGGUGACCUUUCUAGGGACUGAUACAUCAUUUGCCCAAAGCCACCCUCCCCUGCUGGAAAAAUACUGGAUAGAAGGCAAUUGUUCUUCCUAGCCAAUCACUAUUUGCCAGAGCAAACUGCGCACACGCGCCUAAAUUUAAAUGGCUAAAAAAACAUUAAUAUAAUCAGGAGAGUCUGCGGAGUUACAAGGUGCCCCAUUUCUUUUACUAAGGAAUGCAAAUAACAGUAAUGAAACUAAUGAAAUAACAACGCGAAAUACUUGCAAGGCGGGCUAAAACAAGGUUGAGCAAAAGGUAGAUGAUGACUGAGAUACUGUUGCUGUGAAUCGUAAAUAAACGGUGAAGCUUACAAACUAAUGUCAAAAAUUAUACAGAAAAUUGCGACAGAAUAUGAAUUGGGAUAACUGAGACGAAUGUGAAAGGCACGUGCACCAGUAAACAAAGAACUUGCGCGAUUAACAUAUUUAGCGAUUAAUGCAGCAGUAACACGCCGACUUCUUGUCAAUACAAGUGGACGCUCUAUCGGUUAAAUAUGUGAAUCAUCGUGAUACACCUCUCUUUGAAUUUGGUCCUGUAGUACAAAUGCCUCGGUAAGAGCCAAAAUUCACUUAUAUUUUUUGCUCGUUAUAAGUUUUGUAAAUCCUCCUUCGUUGUUCUUUCCUUUGCCCUUUUAACCUUGCCCUAUUGAUGUUCGAUAAACUUUCUGAGGACCAGCGCCAGGCGCUGAAUAUAGUUCGAGGGGGACAUAAUCUCUUUAUAACAGGCCAGGGUGGUAUUGCUAGGAAGAACAAUUGCCUUCUAUUAAGUAUUUUUUCAGCAGGGUAGGGUGGCUUUGGGCAAAUGAUGUAUCGGUGCCCAGAAAGGUCACCUCAGGACUCCCGGGGUGAUUUUUUUUGUACAGUGCCCGGGCCUCAUUUUCUUGGCCGCGCGUUGAUCUGGCCCGGCUGCUUCGGCGAGCAUAUUCUCGGUCUGUUUGGAUUAUAUUCUUCGAGUUUGUCAAAGUCUGUGGGAUUCGUUUCUCUAUCUGGGAAAGCUUCAUUGGUUUCUAUAUCUGCUGCUAUCCUAUUUCUACGAUCCUGUCAUGUUUAUUUUCCGUUGGAGUUCGAAUUUCGUGGAAAAAGUUGUGUUGAAUGAGAGCAUGUCGGCGAAAAUGGCACCUCGUGUUUCCUACCUUGUAUAUUAUUAUUGUAGAUAGAGUGAAUUUAAACAAAUUACUGCAAAUUAUCACGAAACUUCGUUGGAGCAAUAAGGACAACAACAAUUAACUGCAGAGUAAGUGUUAUUGAUCUUUAUUUAGUAUUUCCUAGAAAUUUUAGGAUGAUAUUUUUACCCCAUACAAACACUGUAAUUUUACUAGAACCGUACUGUGGUACUAUCACAGAGCCUGGGUGACCUGUGGUUAUAUACUGCCGAGCUAAAGUCGAAUUUAAUUCGAUCAAUAUAGUUCGGCACGGCAAUCAUAGCACGACGUUUGAAACCGAUAAAUAUGUUGAUCGCAAACAUGGCCAUGUCCGACCUGCUCUAUCCAACAUUCCUGUUCCCUUUUCUACUGGCAAAGAUGCACUUUGGCUCGUGGCUCGUUGGUGGUACCCUUGGUCAAGCCUUAUGCAAGCUACACGUCUUUCUUCCAGAUUGUUCUGUGUUAGUAUAUCGAUUCAGAACCUGGUUCUGAUAGCAGUGGAUCGAUCUGGAGCUGUUCUAAAUCCACUUCCUUGCCCUCUGGUCACUCUAUAGGAAGCACUGUCCAAUCUCCAUUGUCGCCAAGUGGAUCGUUGCAAUGGCCGUUUUUUUCGCCGUAUUUUCUUGCUUAUAAACUUGUUGAAUACCCUGGAGGAAUGAGGUGCUCAAGUCGGACUGAGUCUGAGGGAAAGAAAACAAUAAUGUGCCCCUGUCAGACUUACCAAGCAAGUUUGUUUUGUGGUGAGAAGUAUAACGUCCGCCAAGCCCUGUAAUGCCAAAAGGGAGGGUUCGUGGCGCAGACACGGUGGUGUUCGCAACCUACUUACCUCACUUAUUGGUAAGGUUUGCACCAACUUUGAAGUCGAACCACAACUACAACCUCUCGAUAAUGAGCUAUUCAACCUCAGAGGAGCGGUAACAAGCCUGGAGGCAAGACUGCAUUUGAAGGCAGCUAGUGGUCUUUUGGUUUCGUGGAGUUACAGCAUUUUUUGAUGGUCAGAGUAACGCAUGUUAACUCCAAGUGUUACCAGGGAAAAGCAACAUCCACAAUCUCUAAGGAGCAGGAGGAGGAGAAAAAGCGGAAGUACCAACAGAGGGUGCUGGAAGUUGAAAUACGAUCUUUCACUCCCCUAGUUUUUGGAACCAACGGUUGGAUGGGAGCCGAUUGCAACUACUUUCUCAAACGCCUAGCCAGGAAGCUCUCAGAAAAGAAUGAGGAACCUUACCACAUUAGUAUUACUUGGAUUAAAACACUGAUUUCUUUGGAGAUUUUAAGGUCGGUUAACACACAUGCGUAAGAGGUUUCAGGACACCCUUCCAGAAAUUCCACAAGGAGAUUUCAUUGAUGACGGCCGCUUAAACGCUAGCCAAGGGUAUGUCCACUAAUUUUAGAAAGUGAUAAUGGCGUGAGCUUGUAAGUUAGUAUUUUAGGAUCUUUUUAAUAUUUUUAUUUCAUUAAAAUUUUAGUAUAUGAUAGCGGAAUGUAAAGUGGUCAUGAGAUGACUGCCGCUUAAAAGCUAGCCAAGUGUGUGACUGUCCGCUAAUUUUAGAAAGUCGAUAAUCGGGUGAGCUUGUAAAUUAGUGUUUUAGGAUCUUUUAAUAUUUUUAUGUCAUUAAAAGUUUAGUCUAUGAUAGUGCAAUGUAAAUUGGUCAUAUCGUGAGCUGACUUAACAACCGCAUGGCGCAGUCACAGUCCUCGUCCCCAGGUUUUUUAUCUAAUAAUGAAUUCGAAACAACAGUUGCUCUCAGUUUGAUCCUUAUUGUUUGGCUGGUUAGAAAUAUUCUCGUUAUAUUUUUUGUUUACACAGUAAUUUUCAAGGAGUUAUAGUAACUGGUCUAGUGGGGUUAAUUUAACUCCUUACAGUGCACUUAUUUUGGGGGGAGUUAUUUUCACUCCAAAAAGGAGUUUAAAGAAUUAUUUUUCAGGAGUAAAAAUGACCCCAGAUGUUGAGGAGUUAAAAUAACCCCCCAAAAGAAGUUAUCCUGUACCUAAAAUUUUUCCUCCAUUUUCAGAGUUAAAGUAACUCCAAAAAGAGUAAAGACAACCCAUGUAAGGAGUAAAAAUAACCCCAUUUUCGGAGUUAUUUAACUCCUGGCUGGGAGUAAAAAGAACUCCUUUUUCAGGAGUAAAAUUACCCCAAAUUUGUAAAAAUAACCCCAUUUUCGGAGUUAUUUUAACUCCACUCACUCAGACUGGGAGAUAAAAGAACUCUUUUCAGGAGCAAAAUUACCCCAAAUUUGGAGUUAAAUUAGGAGUUAAAGUAACCCCAAAAAGGGGGUUAUCUUUACUCCAUUUUUGGAGUUAUAAUAACUCCCUAAAAAUUACUGUGUACAAAACACCAAUUUUGAGAAAACCGACAAAUACGUUGAUCACAAACAUGGCCAUGUCCGACCUGCUCUUUGCAAUUUUUAGUUUCCCUGCUAACCUGGCUCGGUUGCUCAGCUCCUGGUUUAUUGGUGGUAUCCCUGGUCAGGCCUUCUGCAAGAUACAAAUUUUUCUUGGAAAUGUUUCCUUGAAAGUUUUGAUUCAGAGCCUUGUUCUGAUAACAGUGGAUCCAUUUGGAGAUGUUGUAAUUCCACUUCGUUUUCCUCUCAUAACCAGCAAGCAGUGUCCAUUCUUCAUUGUCGCUACCUGGAUCGUCGCAAUUGCCGUUCCUUGGUCAUAUCUUGUUGCUGUUAAACUUGUUGAAUACCCUGGAGGGAUGAUGUACAAGAAUCAGUGGCAGGAAGCUUUCAAGGGAACCAAAUAUGCAAAUUACCUGCUAGCAAGUGCUAUAUCGUGUUUUUCUACAUCCCUCUUGUCUUCCUGGUGAUACUUCACUCCAUUAUCCUGAUCAAGCUUAAAAGGCAGGCCUGUUGACCAGGUGAACAGUUCAGUAGCCAACGCUUAGGAACAACACACAAGUGAAGUGCUUAAGGUAGCCGUUACUACCCGUUGUAGUGUUCCUCAUUUGCUGGAUACCAGUGACCACUAAUCUGGUAUUAGUUGAUUUAGCAACGGAAAAGUUUUAUUCUAUACUUUAUACUGUGAUUUAUCUGUCCGGCUCAUUUUUAUCAGUAACUAACGCCAAGCUCUUAACAGACUGUGAAUUGCUGUGAUGCAGUGCAAGACUAGUGCAAGAUUAACUUUUGAAACCUGUCAAAUCCGGGUGUGGUGGUUCGUGAAAAAAAAUAAAGAAUAAAAAACAAAACUAGAUAAAUAAAUAGAAGGGUCGUUCAGUAAUAAUUACUAAUUACUGUAAAAUAACAGCGAGUUCACUGAAUUUUAAGAAGUGCAUGCAAAUUAUGUUUUCGACAGCAACGUAACCAGUUGGGGCAAGCCCUAACCCUAACCUAAAGAAGGAUGGAACUUAAAAGUUAAAGUUGUAUUUAUUUAAACGCAUUUUCUCCAUAAAGUACGCCCAAAAACGCCAAUUGAAGCUGGUGUAGCCGUUCAAUUGUAAAACAUCGUUUCUGGAUGGUUUGAUGCACAAUCGGCAGGGUAAGUAAUAGGUAUGAUAGGAGAUCGACGCACGAACUUUGAAACCUAAUUCAAGUACUGAGCACGUAGCCAUCCAUGUUCCUGUCACGAACCAAGACGAGGAUUUCAGCAGAAGUGAAAGAAGAGCUCAGCGUUCUGCGGUCUCACUGUAAAGACAACUGAUGGGUUUGAAUUAAGGUGCAAUAGGGUAAACUCAGCAGCCGCUCGAAUAUAAAACAUCUGCCGGUGGAACUGUUAUGUUGAUAACAACAAAGAAAGUCUUUCAAUACCCAGCGUCAUCUUAAGGCCUUCAGCCAGUUCUCCGUUCAUGUCAUAACCACAACGACCCCGAACACCUGCCUAUUCACCGGUGCAUGCCUUAUAAGCAAAAAGCCACAAAAAAAAAGAGAAAGAAACAAAAACAAAACAAAACAAACGAAAAAAAAAAAAAAAACAAUGGUCUUGCUGUAAAGAAUUUAAGUUAUCUAGACUAGCUAGACUUCCCAUAGGAGAGAAAGGAAAAACAGACGCUUAUGAAUAAUCAUGUUCACCAUUUUUUAAAAUCUAUUAUUACUGCACUAUUUUUUUUAUUCUGUAACCAAUUUUGCCUUGUGCUAUCCCAGUGGCGGAUCCAGGGGGGCGCCCUCCCCUUAUUUUUUAGACCAAACUGAGGCCCGAAGGACCGAAAGAAUUAAUUUUUUGAGACCAAAGCAUUGUUUAGCAUUUCUGAUCUAUUGAAAAAAAAAACAAAACUCAGGGGAAGUUUUUGAAGCUGUUCAAAGCACUCACAGCACGUGUUUUAUUACCGCUGUUCGUCUUAUUACGUAAAAAACCCUAGCUUUUAAACAUUUGUUUAGUUGCAAAUGAAAAGAAAAAGAUACUAAGAACUCCCAGUUGUCGUAAACUUGUUAAAAGAAAGCUUUAAGAGAGGUGUAUAUAUGUUUUCUUGUAUUCGUCAUUCCAAACGCGAAGCCAGCUUAAAAAUCAGAUAGAAAGAAAACAUGAUUUUAGAAGGAUCAAACUACUUUUUCCUUUGAACAGUUUACAUGUUUCAUGCGGCUUUUGAUUUUUUCGAGGAGUUUGGUUCAAAAUUCCGAUUGAAUGAAAUCAGAGUUGCUUUACUUAUGAUUAAUGAUGGCGUGCAAUUUGCGUUUGUUUGAUCAUUCUUCGAAAUUCAUCCUCACCGAAAAGAAAGUACAUAAUUUAUAUCCUUUAAAAUAUCUGAUAUACAUGUAGAACAACUCAUUCUUACACUAAUAUUCAGAUUUGCGGAUUUAAGGUGUAAAAAAUUUAGCCGUAUCCGUGCCAUAAACAGAUAUAAAGACACUCAUUAAACAUAUAUUUUUUUUGUUUUUUUGUUUAUGGAUUAUUGACUUCUUUUUUGAAAACAUCAUUGUCACUGUCUUACACGAUACUUGUGCCAACUUUAUUUUAGGUAUUAAUUAAGUGGGUCAUGUCAUGAGGAUGUUACAAUAUUGCUGCUUUACGUCAAUUGCGUCACAUUGUAACGCAUUAUUUAGCAAUUCUACUGAAAUGAGAUACACAACACGAACACGAUUUUAGAAGGAUCAAAGUACUUUGUAUAGGUAAUAGCAUGAUUUGUAGUGAUAUUUGGCAUAAGUACCACGAGUGAUAUUUCUAAAUUGUUAUACGUAAUUUCACGAGCCGUUAGGCGAGUGAAAUUUGAGACAAUUUUGAAAUAUCACGAGUGGUAUUUAUGCCAAAUUAUGCUAUUAUUUGUUUAUACUACUACCUGCAAAAGGUUUGUAAAUUUCACAUGUAGGCAUUUCAAAUUAAGCUGAAUCACCACUGCUCUAAGCCAGUCAAAUUGCAGAAAUGUAGUAGUAUAAUACCUUGAAUACCUUGCAAGUUUCAUUGAAUUUUUAUUUAUGUUUUGAUAGUCAGUAACGUACUUUGCAUUGUGCUAUGAGGCUUUUUAUUUUUUCGCGGAGUGGGUUCAAAAUGCCACUUGAAUUAAAUCAGGGGUUGCUUUAUGGGAUUAGAGCGGUUUUCACUUGACUGUCGUAAAACCAAAACUAAAGUAAAUACACUAGCCAACCAAAGGGCGUAGUAAAACCAAAACCAAAACCAAAACCAAUCCCUUCUUCAAUUUUUCAUGACUGCAACUGCGAAAGAAAUUCCGUGAGUGAAACUUGAGUAAAACCAAAACCAAAACACGAUUUGCGUUUACUUGCGAAUUUUAUUGGCUGAGAAAACAAUGCCUCCUCGCUGAUUGGUAGAGCUAUUUUAAAAAGCCAAUCAGAAAGACGAACCAAAACCAAAACCAAACCAAUCCCUCAAUUACUUUCGACAGUCAAGUGAAAACCGCUCUAUGGUAACAUGGGUAUACAAUUUGCUUUUCUUUAUUCAUUCUUCAUCCUCGCUGAAGAAAAAGUACAUAAAGGAGUUGUCGAUUGUUCUACCAAGAGACUCGUAACUCUCCUGUCAAUAAAUUUGAUUUCAACUUUCUGCUCUUAAUUUAAGCUUUUGUGCGCUGUUUGGGAUUAACAGACGUGCCCUCGGUAAAAGAGCGCUCUAAAAUAUGUCAAUGUAUAUUAUUAAACAUCGAACGUAUUUCUAUUGAUAGCAACACUGUCUUCCUUCUGCAAUAUUAGUUCAACUAUUUUUUUUUACCUUCUUUAUCAUAAGUACCAUUUAAGAGAGCUAAAACGGGCUAUUUCAUGAGGAUAUUGAUGUAUUUAGCUCCAUUCUUUGGUUAAGUAAUUACACAGUAAUUAGUCAUGGUUCGCACAACUUCAGACAAACAAAUUUCAAGAACUUUUCAAAGAUUUUUUAAGGACAAAUUACAGUUUUUUAAAGGAGUAACUACAGAUUUAUUUAAUAAAUUGGCAUUCUUUAACCCCCUUUGAUGCAAAAUGACUGGGUAUGACUUGCAAUUUCAUGUGAGGUACAGAAAUAGCAUUUGAAAAAAAAGAACAGAAAUGAAAUGUUGUUCAUGCACAAAAAUGUUCUAACGCUACUUGUUAGCUUAACAGGUUCUUACAACAAGGAUGAGCCAAAUUUUCCUUAGAAAAAGGUGUCUGGCGUAGACAAGGUUGUAUGUUUCAAGGACUUUUCAAGACCAAAUAUAGAUAUCAAGACAAGUUACUUCUACAAGGACCUAAACUGAAAUCUAGGACUUUUCAAGACGACUAGUAAAAUUCAAGACCUUUUCAAGAUUGUCGAAAGCAUGUUAGUAAGUGCCUUUUCGCAUACCAAAAAAAAUGGUAGCAAAGGGUGAAAUAUGGUCCCGUUUUACGUGCAAAUUUUGACAAAUUUCACAUAUCACGUGCUUUAUAAACCAAUUUUCGUUUGAAGAAAGGAACAGAAAUAAAAUAUUGUUCAUGCACAAAAAUGUUUUAACACUACCGGUGAGCUUAAUUACAAGUUCUUACACUAAGGAUGAGCCAAAUUUUCCUCAGAAAAAGGUGUCUUACGUAGACAAGGUUGUAUAUUUCAAGGACUUUUCAAGACAACUAGUAAAAUUCAAGACCUUUUCAAGAUUGUCGAAAACAUGUUAGUGCCUCAGUUUCCCAUACAAAAAAAAGGGUAGCAAAGGGUGAAAUAUGGUCCAGUUUUACGUGCAAAUUUUGACAAAUUUUCCGUAUCACGUGCACAAAAAUGUUUUAACACUACCGGUGAGCUUAAGUACAGGUUCUUACACUAAGGAUGAGCCAAAUUUUCCUCAGUAAAAGGUGUCUUGCGUAGACAAGGUUGUAUAUUUCAAGGACUUUUCCAGACGACUAGUAAAAUUCAAGACCUUUUCAAGAUUGUAAAAACAAUGUUAGUGCCUUUUCCCUUACAAAAAAAGAAGGUAGCAAAGGGUGAAAUAUGGUCUCGUUUUACGUGUAAAUUUUGACAAAUUUCACGUAUCACGUGCUUUAUAAACCAAUUUUCACGAGGCACGAAUGUCCCGCCCGUUAAUCAAAGGGGGUACGAACCGAAACCACAGUCAUCGUGGAUCACACUUCAAAGGUUGUCAUAUUGAAAUACGUCAAAGAUUACACUGACCGCAGUUGGCAGUAUUCGCUCACAAUUAAAUACAGUGACGCCAGAAGUGUUGUCGAUUGUUCAAUAUUAAAGAUACACAAUAUAUUAAACCAUUAUUUGAACUGUGAAUGUUUUUCAGUAGAAACAAGCCUCAAGAGACCACAACUGUCGAGAAGUCAGUAAGCAUGAACACAACAGUAAAUGGAUCAGGUUUUUGGAAUUGCUCCAGUCUGAUAAAUCCAGAAGCAGGAAAAAUUGGAGCAACAGUUGCUCUUAGUUUGAGCCUCGUUUUCUCGCUGGUUGGAAAUUCUCUCAUCGUAUUAAUUGUUUACAAAACACAAACUUUGAGAAAACCGAUUAAUCUGUUGAUUGCAAAUAUGGCCAUAUCCGACCUGCUCUAUCCAACAUUCCUGUUCCCUGUUCUACUGGUAGAGAUGCACGUUGGCUCGUGGUUUAUUGGUGGUACCCUUGGUCAAGCCUUAUGCAAGCUACACACUUUUCUUGCAGAUGCUUCCUCGUUCGUUUCGAUUCAGAGCUUAGUUCUGAUAGCAGUGGAUCGAUUUGGAGCUGUUGUGGUUCCACUCCGCUCUCCUCUCAUAACUAGAAAGCUGUGUUCAUUCUUUAUUAUCGCUACGUGGUUCAUAGCAAUGGCUGUUCUUUCGCCAUUUCUUGUUACUUAUAAACUUGUUAAAUACCAAGGACGACUGAUGUGCGAAAGUCUGUGGAUAGAAGCCUUCGGAGGGAACACAUAUCCAAAUUACACCCUAGCAGUUGUUGUCGUGUUUUUCUACAUCCCCUUUGUCCUCGCGGUGAUACUUUACUCUAUCAUCUUGAUGAAGCUUAAAAUGCAAGCCCAUCCAGGUGAACAGUCAGCCAACGCCGAAGAACAACGCACCAGAAGGAACAGAAACGUGCUUAAGAUGGCCAUUGCUAUCGUUGUAGUGUUUUUUAUUUGCUUGAUACCUUGUUUCAGUAACUUUGUGAUAGUUGGUUUUAGUGCACCAGACAGUUCCAUUUGGUUUUCAUGUAGUUUUUUUCUAUACGUUAUUGUCGCCCGUUAUAUAUCUUACACAAACUGUGCUAUCAACCCGAUUAUCUGCUUCAUUUUUAGCAGUAAUUAUCGUCAAGCACUUAAGAGACUUGUAAAUUGCUGUGAUACAGUGAAAGAUUAGCUUUUGAAACUAAAAGCUAGGUCUUAAGCGUUUCGUGUAAACAUGAAUAAAUAAAUAAAUAAAUAAAUAAAUAAUAAUAAUAAUAAUAAUAUUAAUAAUAAUAAUAAUAAUAAUAAUGGAAACUUUAUUUGCGUUUUUGAAUGUACAAUUGUUAAUCUUCCUACGUAUAGGCAAUUUACAAAUGCUGCUUGAGAUUGGAUUAUUAAAAAGAAAAAAACAAAAACAAAAAAACAAAAACAAAAACAAAUCGAAACAAAAGUCAAAAAAACAAAAAAAAAAUCAAAAUUGCAUUAAGUCUGGGAUAUCCCAGUUCCUAUUUCUACAACAAAAGAUGUAAAUAUGUUGCUCUAAUGGCUAUAUUUAUCAUUUUCUUGAUUAUAUAACGUUGCUGCUUUUUGUCAAUGCCAAUGUCAUUCAUCAUGUCUAAGAACGUGGAGCAUUCAUCGGAGAAAACGCCAAGGGAACUCAUGGAGAGGUUAACAAAUCUCACACAUCUCUAUAAUUUCUACUCAUUUCGUUGAACAAGUUCAGAUAUAAUAAUAAUAAUAAUAAUAAUAAUAAUAAUAAUAAUAAUAAUAAUAAUAAUAAUAAGGAUUAAAAAACUUUACUUCAAAAUAAUGAUGGUGAUGAUGAUGAUGAAACAUUAUUAUCGGAAAUUAACGCUUGAAAAAUCACUGCAAAACCGUGAACGAUCAAUGUUGCUCAACUUUGGACCAAACAAGGUCGUUAUCAGUCGAAAAAGAUAAACAGAGAAAAAAAAGGACUACCCGGUAUAGUCAAAAAGACUACUGCAAAGACUGGUCAAACAACGCAAAAAAGGCAAUAUUUCGACUGGCCAAUACCAGUCUUCAUCAGGUUUAUUAGGAAAAAAACGCGAAUUUACAGAACAUAUGCUGCUGUAAAAUAAUAAACGGAAGUUGCAUGGUAUGACGUGGUAAGGUGUAAAUGAUAGCUGAUAAUGACCUUGCAAUUUAUUAGUUUAUCGGUAUUAUUUAAGUCCGUCAUUUUUUUGUUGUUGUUUGAUCAGUUUGCGGUUAGUGGUUUUUCUUAAACAAGAUAGUAAUUAAUUAUUAUUAUCUUGUUUACUCUUGCAUCUAAAAAUCAGGGUAAGUUGUGAACCAAACUGCUUAAAGAACAGGUUCAAUUUUUUCGUUAAUAAAACGUUGUGCAAAUUUAAGAGCAGUGUUUCUAAAUGAUCGUAGAAUUGACUGCCAUGACCAUAAAAGUGCUUCGAUCCGCAAGCAAAGAGAAAACGAGUGUUGGACAAAAAUUUCAAAUGGAACACCAUUACAGAAACGUGCUCAUUGAUAACUGACCACUCCAGAAAAUACCAUAACAUACCACAAUGCUCUUAAGUUUUGUACAAUAAUUGUUUUCAGUUUCUCUUGGGCCAUUUUAACUCACAAGAGAAACUGAAGACAAUGCUUAUGCAAAAUUUUGGGGUGACAAACAAAGAGCGUUAUGGUAUAUUAUGGUAUUUUCUGGAGUCAAUUGUCGAUAAGUGAAAAAUGACGUAGAGAGACUGUCAAUCAAGAAAUCCCAUUUGUACAUCCUUUUCCUGGUUAUUGUUCGUGCUCGGACACCAGCAACAUUCGGCUAUUAUUCCAAGAAGAAUUUAUUCAAUUUGUAGAACUUCACGCAACUAAAAAUACUUCAGUCUAUUCAAAGACUGUCUAAAUUUAAUCCGAAUUAGCAUGAUUGCAUUUGCUUUUGAACUCUUUACAGUGGAUGUUUCAACACGCUGAUUCGAAGCGAAUCUUUAGCUUUUACAAAAUUUGACGGUGUUAGCCGAUCAAUAUACUUCAGUUGGAUAAUACAUUUGCAUAAAAAUCUCUGUGGAACAUUUGAUAUAUUUUGCUGCAUUUGUUGUUUAACUUUUAAUAUUCGAUCAACACAUUUUAAACAAGAAGAACACAUUGCUUAGCAAUUCUAUUGAAAUGAGAUACUCCGGAGGCUUUUUUGAAUCUGUUCAAAGCACCUACGGCACGAAACAAAACACGAUUUUAGAAGGAUCAAAGUACUUUUCCCUUGAAUACUUUGCAAGUAUCAUUGAAUUUUUAUUUAUGUUUUAAUUGCCAGUCACGAAGUUUAAAUAAACCAGCCCUUUGCCGUAUUGCCAGCAAGGCAUUCAGUAUUGUUUUACUUUCCAAGUCAAGUUACGCCUGGCAUUAGCACCUCUAGAUUUAUUUAGAGAUACGGCAAGAAAGAAACAGUCGGUUUAAUAUACGCGUUGAGUAGACCUCGGCAUUCAAAGCCCAUUACGUUGCGUAAUGUAGUUACAUUUAGGGACACUCUUCUCCAGAAAGUUUUUUUCUCUUGUGCAGCCGGUUGACUGUGAAAUUCCUUUCAUUUGGUUUGCUGACUGCGAAGGCAAGUAGACGUUUAAACUGUGUACUUCAGUUGAAUAAUGCAUUUGCAUAUUAUUUAAUGUUUCUGCCAAACAUUUGUUAUCAGUUUUGCUUCUUUUGAUUAACUUUUUUCGGUUCCUUCUUUGAGUACCGGAGCACAGAUUACGUAAUACAAUAGUAAUAAAAGACAGGAAACAAAACAACUCCAAAUAAAGACUAAUCCCAAGUGACCAAAAAUACAAAGCUUUCCGGUACCUGCAGAAAGACCCCUUUUUUAAAUCAACAUGUUUUAAAACAAAAAGAUGCAUUAUUUUAGCCUGGUUUCCAUAUGAUCGUCCGGAUCGUCCCAGUCGUUGAUCGCCGUUUUCCCGAGAAAUAUACAGUGAAGACCAUAUUUCUAAUACUAAACAAGAAAAAGGCGAUCAUUAUUACAUCCAAACACGACACAACAAUCUUUUUUCACAUUACAAUCUUAUUCUAAGAAAUCUUUAAGAAAAAAUGUCCCGAAAAGCGCUCGAAAAUACAAACGAAAUGUGCUCAUGCCCCCUGGGCAUCCUAUAAUACUCCUUAAAUCGAAUUAAUUCAAUAUGGCCGCUGUAUCAGUAAAAAGGUCUAUUAAGAGACGCGGGGUCGUCUGCGAUCGGCUUUGGGUGAGACAAUAGAGUUUCUGCGCGUGUUUCGCAAACCGAGCCAAACAUAAUGAUGAUUUUCAUUCGGAGAGCGAAUCUAAUGCCUUAAAUGUGCGCUUUCUCUCGAUUUUCCGGUGUUGAGAAGCUAGAAGAGUUCCACGAAGACAUAGAAUCACGUCGAACUCGAUGUCACGGACUUUCCCUAGUUUCAAAUAGCGCCCAUACGCGACUUCGACUUCAGCGCCAUCAUGAAUAAUAGAUAGACUUUCUUUCUAUUAUCCAUGGCGCCAUCCGGGCUGAAUGUAUUCUCGAUUGCUGGAAUAAAGUGAUGAUUUCUGGGAUAGCCUUCGAUCGUCCAGAUCGUCUCAGUCAUCUGAGAGGUUUCCACAUGAUCGCUUCAAAAUUUACAGGAUCGUCCGGAUCGUCCGGAUAGAACUCAACUCUAUCGAAGCGAUCGAGGGUGUCUCAAUCGUCCGGGACGCUUGCGAUUGUCCGGGUAGCGUUUCAAUAGCAUUUCAAUCGUCUGAACAGCGACUGGGACGGGCUUUCACAGAUCUAUCUAAAUGAAAUACUCCCAAGACGUUUUGAAACUUGUUCAAAAGCACUUUUUAAAGUUGUUCAAAGCACUCACUCUGUAUGUGUUUUAUCACUGCCGUUCGUCUUUAAAACACUACUUAAAAUACUCUUGCUUUUAAACAUUUUUUUUAGAAGAAAAUGAAUAAACACAUUCAUAAAAAAUCUUAAUCGUCAGUUAAGCGAGGUACAUGUGUGUUUUCUAGUCUAUUCGUCAUUCAAAACGUGGAGACGGCUAAGAAAUCAGAAAUAAAGAACACGAUUUUAGAAGGAUAAAACUACUUUUUCCUUUGAAUACUUUACAUGUUUCAUUGUGCUAUAUAUACGGCUUUUGAUUUUUUCGAGGAAUCAGGGUUGCUUUAAAUGGUGCAUGAUGGCGUGCAAUUCGGGUUUCAAUUGUUAAUUCAUUCUUCAUCCUCGCCGAAAAGAAAGUACAUAAAGGCUUCAAAAUCGCUGAUAUAGAUCAACCCAUUCUUGCACUAGUAUUUAGAUUUGGGGUUACUUUGGUCGGAAAAAUUGAGCCGUGUCUUUGACACUCAGCAAACAUCAAUUUCUUUCGUUUUUUCUUUAUGGGUUAAUAAUGAGCUUUUGAAUGGAAUUUAAUGGACAGGAGACACGUUUCAGCGUUUUAAAAAGCAAACAACCUGACAUAUAGCCCCCUCAAAAGCUAUACUGGAGGGGCAGGUGGGCCCUCAAAAAGGGACAAUCGUGAAAGGAUCAGGUUUUGCAAUUCUUCGGCUCUAUAUUAUUGCGUAAGUCAUUUAAUGAAAAUUUAGCAUCUUUAUUAUAAACGCUCACUAGGAGUAUUUAUCCAAAGUUUUUACGGAAGUCCAUCUAUUGAAUUUAGAUUGAAAUCAAUUGUUUAGGAGAAGGUAUUAUAGUAUUAUUAAUUUGCUAAUCAGGUAUUCGACGGAGGUAUUAUUUAUAUUAAACAUAUAUAAGCAUUACUUGAACAGAAGGUGUUUCUGGAAGCAACAAAGCCUCAAGAGAACAGACCUGUGAAUGAGUCAGUAAGCAUGAACACAACAGCAACUGGAUCAAGCUCCUGGAGCUGCUUCAGUCUGAUAAAUCACGAAGCAGGAAAAAUUGGAGCAACAGUUGCUUACAGUUUUAUCCUUGUCGUUUCGCUGGUUGGAAAUUUUCUCAUCGUAUUAAUUGUUUACAAAACACCAACAUUGAGAAAACCGAUAAAUAUGUUGAUCGCAAACAUGGCCAUGUCCGACCUGCUCUAUCCAAUAUUCACGUUCCCUGUUCUUGUGGUAAAGGUACACUUUGGCUCGUGGCUUAUUAGUGGUUUCCUUGGUCAGGCCUUGUGCAAGAUACAGAUUUUUCUUGCAGUCGUUUCCUUGUUAGUGUCUAUUCAGAGCCUUGUUCUGAUAACAGUGGAUCGCUUUGUCGCUGUUGUAGUUCCACUUCGUUCCCCUCUGAUAACUAGCAAGAAACGUCCACUCUUCAUUGUCGCUACGUGGACUGUCGCGAUGGCCGUUCAAUUGCUAUAUUUUGUUGCUGUUAAACAUGUUCAUUAUCCUGAAGGAAUCAUGUGCGAAAGUCAGAAGGCAGAAACCUUCGAAGAACACACAUAUGCAAAUUACCUCGUGGUAGGUGCUAUCGUGCUUUUCUACACCCCCUUCGUCCUGUUGGUGAUACUUUACUCCAUCAUCAUGAUCAAGCUUAAAAAACAAGACCAUCCAGGUGAACAGUCAGCCAACGCCGAGAAACAGAGGACACGAAGAAACAGAAAAGUGCUUAAGAUGGCUAUUGCUAUCGUUGUAGUGUUUUUCAUUUGCUGGAUACCUUUUUUCAGUAACCUUUUAAUAAUGUAUUUUUCCUCGGACAGUUCCAUUUGGUCUUACUGUAGUUUUAAAGUAUACUAUUUUGUCACCUACUUAAUGUGUAGAGGAAACUGUGCUGUCAACCCGAUUGUCUGCCUCACUUUUAGCAGUAAGUAUCGCAAUGGUCUUAAGAGACUUGUUACUUUUCAACGCAGUGCAUUACAAGGUUAA